UAAUAAUGUUUUUUAGAUGAACAUUCAAAUGUUUUAGGGUGUUUUUGGACAUGGUUCACCCCUGCAGUUCUCAUGUGGUAUGUUCCGUGUUGCCGCGGGAUUUAGUUGAAUCAGUCAGAAUCGUAAAGUCGCAGCGUUUACCUUCAGAAGAACAUUAAAUAGAUUGAGGAAGAUAAUGGAGCAGAAAUAUGAGGAAGAGAUCCAGAUGCUCCAGCAGGAAAUUGAAAUGCUGGAGGCUGAACAGGAGGAGACUUUACGGUCCAUUUUCAUAGAGCACGGAGAUCGACUACAGCGGGAACUAAAGUCAGUCUAUGAGGAAAGAGGAGGAGCACAAAAACACACUCUUUCAAAGCUGAUCACAGAAGUCAGAGAGCUGGAAAAAAAACUGAGACGACAGACAGAAAUCAAUGGGAUCGCUAUAAAUGAGUGUUUUGUGAAGACAUUGCACAAAAGUGAAAGAAAACUUGUACAGCAGCUCAGACUUGCAGGUCACUGCAGUGUACUUUUGUUCCAGGUUGAAUUUGCAGUGACUGAGAUUCAGGAGGAUGAUGCACUGCUCAGGAGAGUUACAGAACUAAAUAUCGUUGUGGAUGGUGUUGAUUUCAAAGAUUUCUCCGCAUUUGUGUCCAGAGUGGAGGACACAAAAGAUCUUCUCUUGUUCUUCAGGACCUUGAGGACGUUCUCUGAGAGAUCUGAGGAGAGGCGUCAAACGUUUCAGCACUUUCAGGAGAAGUACCCAGACGUGGUCAGCCUUCCAGAGGGAUGCCGAUCCGAGCUCAUGAUUAUAAGAAGUCCUCAACUUCCAGGGAUCUCCAUGACCAUAUUCUGGAAGAUCGAUGUGUCCAUGGAAGGAGUGGUAAAGCCAUCGCUCGAGCUCCUGCUGAAAAUGCCAGACCAGGCUCGGGAGUUUGACACCAAAAAAGUGAUGGAAAACGGCUCGGAUUACUUUCAGAGCCUUCUGCGGGUUCUCGGGGCGGAAGCAUCUAUCGAGGGCUUGAUAAGAACUGUGUGUUUGUGAGAAGUCAAGAAAUAAGCCAACG